UAUAUAUUCAGUCUCUGUGGGGAGCGGGCUUGGCUACUAACUCUGUACUAGACAAUUCAAUUAUAUGGAUAACUAUGUAUAAAAGUUUCAGAAACAAUGCAAAAUUGGACUGCAGAAACAUUAAACGACAGCCAGAGCUUUGGAAGUUUUGGCAAAUCUUGGGAAAAAAUAACACAUCAUUAUGAUUGUUGUUCACAACCAUUUGGGAAGCCUAAUCUCAGCUUUUAUCAGACAAUCAGAAGACCGCUGAAGAAAUGUAAAAUGUUAUUUAAGAAUUUUCUUAAGGGACCCUCUCGGAUUUCCACCGUAGAAACAAGCCAGUCUCCAUCUCUGGAUGAGUGUAAAGCCAUAAUCAGAGAACUGGCCACCGAGCUACAUCGGAUAUCAAAGUAUCAAGAUAAUUUCACCACCAGCCACGAGGAUGGCUACAGCCUGGCAGAGUGUCAACAGUUCAUCCUACAAUGGGCGGAGGAGUUGAGCAUCUUACCAAAGAUAUCCGUGGGGCAAAGCAGGAGCUCACCAAAGCCCCUGUGUUCCUGCUGGGAGGACUAUGAGGUAGAGGAGAGAACAUCUCCAAAAGAGGCUGGGAGAAGACUGGCAGAAGCUCAGCGCAUCGUCUCAGAAUGGGCUGCAGGACUGCAAUCACGAAAACAGGACUCGGUGUGUCCAGGAGAGGAUGUGUGUUCAGUCCUGCAGGAUCUGGAGGGACAGUGGAAGAGAGGGAAACUACCCAACAUGCUCCCUGUUAUGGACUUCAUCAUCUGGACUGUGUUACAGGAACAACCUCAAGAGGGCUCCAUCCCAGAGCUGUGGCUCAAAUCCAAGCAGCGGUUCAAACACUCAGCCUUCACCACAGUGAUUCCUGAACCAGUAUGGGACUGGAUAAGCAAAGCAUCAGUUGACAUCCUCUUGGACCCUGAAUCAGCCAAUCCAGAUUUCAUAGUGUCCAACAAUCAGAAAAGUGUGAGAGUGGGCAAAAUAAUAGAGAGUGAACAUGAUCCUAGAGACGGAUACCGUCACUACCGCGCGUCUCACAAGUAUGACGGGUGGUGGUGUGCACUGGGAACACAGGGCUUUACCAAGGGUAGGCAUUACUGGGAGGUGGGGGUGGACGGGAAGACAGACUGGAGGAUAGGGAUAGCUAGGGAGUCUGCACCAAGAAAAGGCUUCAUUGAACUGAACUCGUCAACAGGUUACUGGACACUUCGGAUGCAGGUCAGUGGGCUGAAGGCUCUAACUGUUCCGGCCGUUGAUAUCAAGAUUCCAGAACAUCUCACAAAGAUUGGGGUCUACCUUGACAUUGAGGAGGGGCAGCUCUCCUUUUAUGACGUUGUGAGACGCAGCCAUAUCUACACCUUCAAUGACACGUUUUCUGAACAGGUUUAUCCAAAUGAUGUCAUCUGUGUACUUACAGAUAAAAUAGUGCUGUGUGAGGGCGACUAUGACGAUGAGUCUGAAAAGAGGAGGGAAGUAACGGAGGAGGAGGAAGGAGGCAAACUCAUGAAGGAGAAUCUGUGUGACUUUAACCCCUGCUUGCACCUGCAGAGACCCUGUCCAGAGGUGUGGGGGGUAUGGCCUGAGGCUGUGAGGGUGCGCAGGGCGCCCCCUACUCGGCUGUGA